CGCCUAAUGUUGUGUUUCCGUUCAGGAACCGUUCUGGCAAUGCGAAUAAAUUGCAUUACAAAAAAAAGUUGUAUAAUUUGGCUCGCGGCCUGACUGUUCAUAAAAAGUCGUUCGGACGACAAAUCCCGCAAUCGUUAUUUAUAGUAUAUUUAUUGUUCGCCGUUUCAUUUGCGAAAUCGUCGUAAAAUCGGUAACGCAGCAUUUGCGCAAUUUCUGAACGUGGCCGGCGGAUUGUUUGUCGUCUUUACUGCGCUAGACUUAUCCUGUACAACACUUUUUCGAUUUAUUAAUCGUUAAUCCGACUGAAAAAAGACGAUACAAAACCGCAAACCAUGGGAAAUGAAAGUUCACUACCUAUGGAGCUUUGCUCUAAUUUUGAUGCUGACGAAAUUAGACGUCUCGGAAAACGAUUCCGCAAGUUAGAUUUGGAUAAUUCUGGUGCAUUAAGCAUCGAUGAAUUUAUGUCGUUACCGGAAUUGCAACAAAAUCCGCUCGUGCAACGCGUUAUCGACAUCUUCGACGCCGAUGGAAACGGAGAGGUGGAUUUUAGAGAAUUUAUACAAGGAGUUUCACAAUUUAGCGUUAAAGGUGAUAAAUUGUCAAAGUUGCGCUUUGCAUUCCGAAUUUACGACAUGGAUAAUGAUGGAUUUAUAUCCAAUGGUGAAUUAUUUCAAGUCUUAAAAAUGAUGGUUGGUAAUAACUUAAAAGAUACUCAGCUUCAACAGAUUGUGGAUAAAACGAUUUUGUUCGCUGAUAAAGAUGAAGAUGGUAAGAUUUCGUUUGAAGAGUUUUGUUCGGUGGUUGGAAACACUGAUAUCCAUAAGAAAAUGGUGGUGGAUGUUUAGAUUUGUUUUUAUUUAAGAGAAGUUUAAAGUACCUUAUUUUUAUUUGUGAAGAUUUCUCAAGUUUAAUU